UUUCGUUUAUUGUUUAUCAUAUUGUUUAAUUUUUUCUAUUAUCUUAUUAUUGGAUUCUGUCCAUUCAUCCAUCCGUCCGUGCAUCCGGAUUCUCUUACACGAAAUAAUUGACCUUUUCAUCGAAUUCAUUCAUCAUGACAUCGGCUUCGAAUUCCAAUUCUAAUAAUCAAAUUCCGACGACUACGUUGGACAUACCGUUGCCAUUCACUAAUUCAUUGGCAACAAUCCCAUCGACAACUGCCAUUCAAUCUGUUCCAUCAUCAAUUGCAACUAAUCAAUCAUAUGGUUCAUCAUAUCCAUCGUCAUAUAUCGAUCCAAAUCUAUACAAUUCACAAUAUUAUCAGCAAUACUAUCAACAGUAUUAUAGUCAAUAUGGUUAUGGCCCACAACAAACACAGGCUAUUGGUGAUUAUUAUGCCCAUCAGACAUCAGCAACAUCAACAAUAUAUCCGUCCACGCAGGCCAGUUAUCUAUCAACGAUGAUGAAUGCUGCUGCGGCAGCAGCAUCUACACGUGUCAAAUCAAAUUCUAAAAAUGAUUCUUUAGGCAAAGAUUCAUCUGGCAAUGAUCAUGAUGAUGACGAUGACGAUGAUCCCACUAUUGCCAAACCGAAUCAACCAAAAUUAUCCAAUAUUCUUAAUUAUAGUUGUAAUGAAAAAAUGGGCCUAAAUCCUUUAAUAUAUACAAAUAUCCAACAGAGUCCAUAUUUUAAAAAUAAUUUAUUUCAGUUGAAAACAUAUAAUGAAGUAAUCGAUGAAAUUUAUUAUAGUGUACGACAUUUAGAACCAUGGGAAAAAGGUUCCAGAAAGGUUAGCGGACAGACCGGAAUGUGUGGUUCGGUUAGAGGCGUCGGUGCUGGUGGUAUCAUCUCGACACCAUUUUGUAUCCUAUAUAAAUUAUUUACAUUAAAACUUACACGUAAACAGGUGAUGGCCAUGACGCGACAUAAAGAUUCACCAUAUAUUCGGUCAUUAGGAUUGAUGUAUAUUCGUUUUACUCAACCAUCCCGAGAUUUAUGGCACUGGUUUGAACCAUAUCUAGAAGAUGAUGAACAAGUGGACCCUAAAGCAGGUGGUGGAUCACCAAUGACAAUCGGUCAAAUGGUUCGACAUUUCCUUACAAAAUUGGAAUGGUUUUCAACAUUAUUUCCACGAAUACCAAGACAUGUACAAUUGGAAAUUGAAAAAAAAUUGAACAAAUAUGAUGCUGAAAUGAAAAAACAUUCAGAUACAAGUAAUAUGAAUAUGAAUAAUAAGAAUGAUGAUAAUGGCGAUAAAAAACAUCGUGAUAAUGAUGAUGAUGAUGAUGAUGAGCUAGAAGAAGGAGAAUUAAGCCCUUCUACCAAUGAUCAACAGGAUUCUCAUCAAAGAAAACAAAAACGUAAUCAUCAUCAACAUCUACAUGUUGGACGAAAACGUUCACGAUCAAGAUCACCGCAAUCAAAAUCAUCAUCUGGUAAACAUCAUCAUCAUCAUUAUAGAAAAACAAAUGACAAUGAAUGUAAUCGUCAUAAAGGUUCUCGCUAUUCAUAGAUGUUAAUUAAUGAUGAAUUAUGAUAAAAUAGCUAACAUUUUCUUGUUCA